AUGUCUUUUUUAAGACCCCGUCGUUUCUCUAGUAAUUUGGUUAGUGCUUCGGUGGUAGCUACCAAAGCGAUUGAUGUGACAUUUCCACCUGACAUCGUUAAUCGAUUACGUAGAUGGCAAGAUGCAAAAAAGGCCACCUUGAAGUUGCACGCUUCGCCUCGCAUUGAGCGUAUCAAAGUCGUAUACAAGGGCUCACCUAAGCCAGAAACUGACUUAAGUAUGGCGAAAGGCAUAUCGACGCCAUUUGACUGUGCAAGGCACCUGUCUCAAAUGUUGUGCGAUAGGAGCGUUAUUGCACUCGUAAAUGAUAUUCCGUUUGACAUGCAUCGCCCUCUUGUUGCAGAUGCAACACUUGAUUUCAUUCAUUUUAAGGACAUUUACCACAAUCCAACAGCAGCGAAUCUAGCAUUCUGGCGUUCGUGUCAGUUCAUCAUGGGGGCUGCUGUUGAAUCGGCCUUCAAGGAGAAAUUUCGCAUGCGUUUACUCUCCUUCCAUAAAACAUCCCUCGAAUCGGGCAGCUUCGUUGCGGACUUUCGAAUGGAAUUGCACUCAAAGAAUUCUUUGGAGGAAAUGGUCAACUGGCAGCCAACAGAACGUGAACUACGUUCCCUUUCUCAUGUUGGUCAACUCAUUGCUGCUAACUCGCAACCUUUUGAAUGUCUUGAUGCCAAAUCGCAGGAGAUCGGAAAUUUACUGCGGGAUGAUAAUCGAUUAGACCGCCUUAAUCGGGAAGCUGACUCGGGACAUAUCACCAUCUAUCGUAUUGGCAAUUACACCCAGGCUUGUGCCGAAGCUCCGUUGAUUUCCAAUUCGUCAUUAAUUGGCCGGUUCUCGGUGGUCUCGUUGCGGCUUUUAGGCCGCCUGGCACCAGGACAUGUACGGCCGAAUGACUCCCAUCACCAACUUGUCUACAGAGCCCAGGGAGUGUCAAUACCGACUGCUUUUCUCACACAUUUCACGACAUUUGACGUACUUAGGAGGAGGGCAAAGCAACCGAAUCCUGAAGUUGCUGGCAUCCCCGACUACGUUGAGCCCGUAUGA